AGGAACGCAACGCGAAGGACGAGCGGAUGGCCCCCACGGUUGGCGCCGGUUACUACACGGCACUGACGCUGGCGGUGUUUGCGGACCUCGGCUACUACCGCGUAAAUUGGAGCAUGGCGGAGCCGAUGCGCUGGGGCAACAACUCCUGCUGCGGCUUCCUGGACAAGAAGUGCAAUGAAACCGAUGACCUCGCCGCCACGUACCCGCACAUGUUUUGCGAUGGGAAGGACACAACGACGCUCCGCUGCUCCUCUGACCGCCGCAAUGUCGGGACGAGCACCGCAGGCAUCGUUGAGCGGAGUGGGAGUCCGAGCGAGAGAGACGCGUGCCCUGUUGUUUUGACGUAUUUUAAUGCUUUAGCUUCUGGGACAACGUCCAACGCGUGCGCAGAGGCAACUGCGGCGACUCUCCUUGGGCCGCUGACUGGCACUGGCUCGUGGUGCCUGGACGCGGAGGCACUGCAGGUGAAGGCGAACGCCGGUGACAAGAAACUCGCGUGCGCGUGCGCGCAGGUGCGGUGCGAGGACGGCGCAGUGAAGGUGAAGCACAGCGGCGGCGACGCGUGGCAGGAGUGCCCCGAGGGGAAGUUUUUCACGCCGAAGUCGGCGUACUUCAAGGACGGCGGCAAGAUCAAGUGCCCGAAGUACGCUGAGGUGUGCACCAUCGCCGCCAACGGCAGCAGCCUCGUCAUUCCGCGCGCUGAGGAGGAGGAGGCGAAGGGCGACGCCGAGGGUAAUCAAAAGGAAGUUGAGGCGGCGAAGGAAGAAGAGGAUGAUGGGGAGGUUCCAGCACUUGAGCCGCAGCGUGCAGAGUGGCCUUCUGGAACUGCGGGUGUGGAUCUGUUCAAUCCGAAGGCUGCGGCGGGGGUGGAGACAGGCACAUUGCCGGCUGCUGAGACGCAGGAGCGCGCAAAGGAGCCUGACGGUGCCGCUCACUCCGCCGCAGCCUCGCCAGACGAGGCCGUUGCCGCAGAAGAAAGCGACGCGGCGGGCGCGGCCGAAGCAGCAGUUGUGACCCCCGAUUUGCCUGCGCCGCCCACCCCGACACUGGCGGCAUCCGUCGACGGCAGCACCGUGGAGAAGGAACUUGACGGGGCGGCGCCGCACGCCGGAAGCGACGCCGGUGCGGCAGCGGCGGCUGUUGGCUGCAGUCACUUUGUGCUGCUCGCCGUGGCCACCGCCGCGGCGGCGAUGCUGCCGCCUUGA